CGGCCGCUUUGAACCGACUGGAACCGAGAGCCACUUUCACCAUAGGCAGAGCGCAUAAGGACCUAGCGGGACUAUCAUUUCACGGCUCCAAGCUUCUUCACAGGGCGCGCUCGUCGUUUUUGCUGUCUUGCUUCAUUGAAGACUUCGAUCGAACUCCGAACGCAAGAAUGAAAUGUUUUGGUAACCCUCUGCUACUGUUACUACUGGUUUGCUUUGUGCCUUUGACGCUAAGCUUUGUGCAUGGAGUGUUCGGUCGGCCAAACAAACAGAAUAAAGGGAUUUGUGUCUCUGCCUCUUUGCAAACUGCGCCGAGAGGUUCGUCGGAUCCUGGUGACGACCGUCCUGGGAACAUGUUUUUCGAGUACGACAAGCCCGUCGUUUUGUUGGGCUGCUCGAGUGCGGCCGGCGACGAACUUUUCCGACUAGCACGGAGCUUACAGAGUUCCCAGAUCGGUGAAAUAGUCACCGUUGCUAGCUAUGAUGAGAAAAAGUGUGAGGUUUCGAUGAUGGGAACGGAAGCUUUGUUGACGGCAAUUGCAGACCAAACAUACCGCUGGCCAAGCGUGAUCGUGUUGGAUUUCGCCGAUAAGGUGUUUGAAACUGCUGACAGUCAACGCGUUGAAAAUCUAGAGGCUCAUCUUAUCGACGUUGCCAAAGUCUUGUACGAAAAUGGCUUGCUUAGUUUGUACGUGAACAUUGAUCCCGUCACAAGCAACAUGAGGGAGGUUGCCAAGGCACGCAAAACACGCUUUGAAGACAACGUUUUUGUGAGAUACUCUGAUUACGAAAUAUGUUUGCGCGAUGAAGGAAGCAACGAGGAAGGCUGGGAGCAUAUAGAAUGGGAAUUGGCAAGAGCAUUUGCGCGGGCCAAGCUAAUUCCUGCUGUUCCUGGUGACAAAACUCGAUCUGCAAACACCGCACACUUGACCAUGGGGCAACAUACCUUUUUUCUCAGCCUUAGUUUUCCAGAAAUUCAGCAGGUUGAACCCUUCGUGGAAGAAAUGUGUCAGGAUGUAGACGCAAUGGAAUACAGGGCCGACUUGCUUAGCUGCCGCGACAGUCGAUUCGAUCUGUUGUAUGGCAUGCAGCUACUGCGAAGAUACUGCCGACCGCAUGUCCAACGUGUACCCGCCUUGCCAUUUGCUGGCGCCGUUUUGGAGGAUGUCAUGCCCAUUGUGUAUACCGUUCGAACACAAAAUCAAGCGGGUACGUAUCCGGACGAUGACGAGAGCGUUGCCAGAAUGUUUGAGAUGCUUCAAUGGGGUUUGCGUGGAGGUGUCGAAGUGCUGGAUGUGGAAAGCGCGUGGGAUGCCCUGAAAACAUCUGAACUUUUGGACUCGGCAGAGUCCCGUUAUUCGAGUUUGAUUCUCGGAAGUCAUCAUGUCGUUGGCAAAACGAUCUCGACGGAAGAAGCUGUAACAUUGUUUCAGCAAUGCGCGCUCGAUGGUCGCUCUCACGGUGCUAAGGUAGUCCUAUCUAUUGACGAUGAAUCGAAAGACCGACUUGCCUACGAUGCAUCAUUGAUUGCUUCGGAACUCUUGAAGUCCGAGGGCAAGCCCGAAAUUCCCAACAUCUCUUUAGUAUUAGGAGACAAAGGAUCCUUUUCUCGAGUUCUUAACCUUCCUUUCACUCCUGUCACGCAUGAAUCACUGCCGUUUAAAGCGGCACCGGGCCAGCUGACGGCGAACGAGAUUAUGACCACGCGCCUGCUGACCAAGGUCUUCAAACCUAAGAAAUAUGCCAUUUUGGGUCACAACAUAGCUUAUUCAGUCAGUCCACAAAUGCAUGGUGCCGCGUUUGCCGCGACUAAAUUGCCUCACGAAUAUAUACGCGUUGAUGUUCCGACGGUUGAAGAGUUUGUGGAGUCGGAUUUUUUCAAGUCGGACGAGUUUGGUGGAACUAGUGUGACAAUUCCCCACAAGCAGGCUAUUAUUCCCUUCCUGGACGUACUCACGGACGCCGCCAAAGCAAUCGGAAGUGUCAACACAGUUAUUGCUAGGGAGGAAUUUGUUGAUGAGACAUUCAGGCGUGUCCUUUCCGGUGACAAUACGGAUUGGCGUGGAAUCUUCAAUCCAUUGAAUCGGCUUCUCGGCGGCGACGUGGACUCCAGCUCCGACUAUGCGCUCAUUCUGGGCGCUGGAGGAACUGCUCGCGCUGCUGCGUAUGUUGCAUCCGAGCUGGGUUUGCAGAUUGUGUAUUACAAUAGAACUCCCGAAAAGGCCAUUGAGCUUGCUGACAAAUUCGGAGGGGUCGUUGUACAAAACCUGGACGCUUCUGCCAAGAAUGAAGGAAGUUUAGGACAUUUGCUUGCCUCGCAUUCGAAAGGGAAAGUUCUUGUUGUAAUCAGCACUCUUCCGGCUAGUGUAAAUUUUGAACUACCUACGUGGUUGGUGGAAGAUGAAAGCAAGAAGCCAAUUGUCUUUGACGUCAACUACAAGCCGUACAAUACGAGGCUUCUUUUACAGGCCGAGGAGGCUGGUUGCAGCGUCGUACGUGGAUCAGAGAUGCUAUGGGAGCAAGGCAUCGGCCAGUUCGAACUCUGGACCGGGCGAACAGCACCAUACCGAAUUAUGAAAGAAGUCGUGUUGCAAAACUGCGGAGGGAAACAGGUUGAGAACGACGACUGCGCAACCGUUGUUAAAUCGGAUGCGAUCAUACCAGAAGUCUUAGAAUAGGUCUACGCUCUGAAUGGAUCCCACAUUGAAUUAAACUUACGGCCUAUGUCUUGGAGAGGAGCAUGCCUAUCAACAAUCCAAACCUUUUGUCGAUGCACUGUCUCAGCGUCACAACACGGCCUCGGCAUCCACACCGGCUUUGCUUCUGAGAAUUGGGGUGCUGUCACCCCAUUGUGUGCCGCAAGUAUUUACAUAGGAUACCUGUCUUUGUGACGCUUUAAUUCCCAAGGACAGAAAUUUGAACAAAAUUGGAUUGUCAAUCCGUAAAUAUAUACAAAAUGGUUUACAGUU